CGCCCCGCCCCGCCCCGCCCCAAAUAAACGUGUCACUCUCUCCCUAUAUAUCCAACCCUUUGCCUCCGUAGAAGCAUCUAGCCAAAGCCUUCUAGGGUUUCUGAUUUCGAAAGAGAGAAAAAAAAUGGCGGAUAGUGAUCAGGCUAGGGGCAAGGGGAGUGUCAAGUGGUUCAACGAGCAGAAGGGGUUCGGGUUCAUCACUCCCGACGACGGCGGCGAUGAUCUGUUCGUCCACCAGUCCGGCAUCAGAUCUGAGGGUUUCCGCGUCCUCGGCGAUGGCGAGGCCGUCGAGUUUGAUGUGGAGCAUGGCGAUGACGGCCGCACCAAGGCCGUGAACGUCACCGGUCCCGAUGGUGCUCCCGUCGAGGGACGCUCCACCGGCGGCGGUGGAGGAGGCGGAGGGGGCCGCGGAGGAGGCGGCUACGGAGGCCGGGGAGGCGGUGGACGCGGAGGUGGAGGCUACGGAGGUAGCAGCGGUNGGUGGCGGCUAUGGAUCAGGCGGUGGCGGUUACGGAGAGCGGCGGCGGUGGAGGAGGCGGCGGAGGCCGCUACGGCGGCGGCGGCGGCGGCGGAUCCGGGUGCUUUGGCUGUGGCGAGGAAGGACACUUUGCUCGCGACUGCCCGAACAGCAGCCGUUGAUCUGUUCACCCAUCAACUCAGAGAGAGCCUAUCAGAACUUCUGCAUUGCUCAGCCCUGUAGUUUUUAUCUUUAUCAUCUCUUUGUUUUUACUAUUAUCAAUCUGAGUUGUCUGUGUUAUUAUGGAUCUGGGCUGUGUUUCGCCAUCCCUUGAUCAUCCUUUUCAAGAUCUAGCUGACUAGAAGAACCUCCAAUGGUGUUAUCUAUCCUUAAACCUGGUUUUGUUCAACUUUUAAUGGAAGUGUCUUUUGAAUAUUACUUGUCUUUAUUCUCAUUUCUGGAAUCUUUUGCUUUGAAUCUAUAUAUGCAUGAUGAUAUUAAAAGUUUCUGGUAUAA